UGCUCGUCGUUUAUCAUCAGUCAAAAUAGACUCCAACAGCAACUGUCUUUCACAAAUCCCGAAAACUUAAAAUGCGUUUUGAAAUUGUCUGUUUGUUGGUCUUGGCCGUGAUCUGCGCUUGCGCAGUCGAAGCCCAAAAUGACAAAGAUCGUUUUCUCUUGAGCGCCUCCUCCAUCUCAUUUUCCACCUUCACCAUCAUCAAAAAGAGCACCACCAUCACCUCGACCCUUACCAGCACCACCACUUGCACUACUUCUUCGGCCACUUUGACCACCUGCACCAUCGGCCGCCGUCGUCGCGGUCUCUUUUACGACGAGGCUGGCGCCCAGGGUCGCGAUCGCCGCGGACUUUUCUACAACGACGAAGAGGUCGAGAGCCAGGACGGCAGCGCUUUCCUCGCCAAGGCUAGCGAUCCCGUGAACGAAGUUGCCGAAGUCAAAUCGUCCGUUUCUGCCGAUGAUGUAGUCAUCCCGUUGGAAGUCCAGGCUGGUUUCGCUCUGCCCCAAGGACAGGAGGGCAACCGCUUCCUGUUGGCUUUCGGUACGUCGACCAUUACGAGCUACACCGUUUCUUCUACCACCAUCAGCUUGACUGCCUUCUGCAGCAGCACUAGCGGCUUUGCUCUCUGCGGCGGUGCUGGAAAAUAAACGGCAGUUCUCCAGCUGCGUCCAGAAUGUAUAUCACACCCUGACAACUAAACACCCGUGAAAUCAUAUAACAUGCUGGUCAUCAGUUAACCUUUCUAGCUGUCAAUCUAAAAAAUCGCGUUUAUGCCAUGAUAAAAAGUAUUAUCCUUCCGAAAAAUCCCACACAUGUUGUUGCUCCCGAUUUCCCUUCACUACCCUGUAGGUUUCUCGAUUUGAAAAAGAAAAAAAUUAUUAUUUCCCUGUCAUCCAUAGCACAAGGGCUAGUAGCUUAUUUUCGGGUCGUUUUUCUAUGAAACGGUUGAAAAUAAUGUGAGAAGCUUAUUGUUGAUCGUCUCGCUCACGGUUGCUCGACUUAAUAUUUGUAAUUGAUUAUCAAAUGAUCGUCACAAGUUAUACCAUCAAUUGUACUGAACGGGACUGAUGUGUAUUUAUCCAUUCAACUUCCACUCUCUUCUUCCACUGAAUUAUACAGUUUAGCAGCAACCUGA